UUAAUAAAUAUAAAUUUUGGAGGCGUGAUGAGAGUUUGGGUAUUUUACCGUGUAAUUACUCAACAUUGUAAAUAGGUAGUAGUAAGUUUAGUAGGUGUCUGUAACGUUUAUUUUUGUUAUGUUGCCGAUACCGUUAUUUAAACUUUAAGUCUGUACGACUAUAGCUUUUUCUAUUAAGCUGUACUUAGAUUUUCUCAUUUUGUAUUUUAUUAUAUGUAUAUACUUCGUGCAAUAAAGAUGUACGUUUAUUUCGUCGAGUUAUAUUUAUUCUAGUCAAAUGGUAUUUUAACGUUUUUAAAUGGUUUUUAGAGUUUUAUCGAAAUACAGAGACUUUUACGUAAAACGCCUAACAUCAUUGAAAUUUGAAAUCGUCUAAUUUGCGCCUACAUUUCAUCAUACUACCAAUAAUGCAAAUGUCUAAAUGUCAAAUGUGAACUUUUUGAAGUGACUGUCGAAAAAUAUUCAUUUCAGCGCUCCAAUUUCCAUUCCCACCAUAUGUACCUAUUCUAUUUACUUUCUUAAAAUGUUGGCAAUGAAGAUGAGGAUUGAAGAAUUACGAGAAAAAACAAGGAAAAUCGAAGAAGAAAAUGAAAAAAAGAGAGCCGAAAUCCGAAGAAUGGAAGAAGAAAACCGAACCCGAAGGACGGAAGAAGAAACCCGAAGGAUGGAAGAAGAAACCCGAAGGACGGAAGAAAAAAUCCGAUUACUGGAAGAAGAAAUCAAGAAAAUAAAGGAGUCACAAAGAUCAUGGCUCGAUCGGUUGUUCGGGUGGAAGACCACUUGAAACCGUUAUUCGGUUUGUUUUUUCAUUAAAACAGUACAAUAAUUUCUCCUAUUGGUAAAUUUUCUAUUAAUAAAUUUUAAAAGCGA